GCCCCAGGGCGGUGCCGGGCGAGGGGAAGGCGGGGCUCGCGGCGAGGAGGUCUGCUUCCGAGGCGGCGGAGGUGGUAGUGGGCCCAGCGGGUGGCCCAGGUCACCGCCCGCGCUUCGGCGGCCAUCUUGCCCGCGUCCGUCUCCAGCGGCGGGAGGGGCGGCGUACAGGCCGGAAACGUCUGUGUGGCGACACGCCACCUCCUCAGGGAGAUAGCAAGACUCUCAAGACAUGUUUAAGAAACUUCUUCUAUUUGUGAGACUCUAGUGGAUGGACCUGACUGGACUUUUUAAGGCCAUCAACAAACAUGAGCGGUACCAAGCCUGACAUUUUGUGGGCACCACACCAGGUUGAUAGAUUUGUUGUAUGUGACUCAGAAUUGAGCCUUUAUCAUGUGGAAUCGGCUGUGAAUUCAGAACUCAAAGCUGGAUCAUUACGUUUAUCUGAAGAUUCUGCAGCUACAUUACUGUCAAUAAAUUCAGAUACACCCUAUAUGAAAUGUGUUGCGUGGUAUCUCAAUUAUGAUCCUGAAUGUCUCCUAGCUGUUGGACAAGCAAAUGGUCGAGUCGUACUUACAAGUCUUGGUCAAGAUCAUAACUCUAAGUUCAAAGAUUUAAUAGGAAAAGAAUUUGUUCCAAAACAUGCUCGACAAUGCAAUACCCUUGCAUGGAAUCCACUGGAUAGUAACUGGCUUGCUGCUGGUCUAGACAAACACAGAGCUGACUUUUCAGUUCUAAUAUGGGAUAUCUGCAGCAAAUAUACUCCUGAUAUUGUUCCCAUGGAAAAAGUGAGACUUUCAGCAGGUGAAGCUGAAACAACAUUAUUAGUAACAAAACCACUGUAUGAGUUAGGGCAGAAUGAUGCUUGUCUGUCUCUUUGUUGGCUUCCACGAGACCAGAAACUUCUUCUUGCUGGCAUGCAUCGUAACCUAGCCAUAUUUGAUCUUCGGAACACAAGCCAGAAGAUGUUUGUAAAUACAAAAGCUGUUCAAGGAGUGACAGUAGACCCUUACUUCCAUGAUCGUGUUGCUUCCUUCUAUGAAGGUCAGGUUGCAAUAUGGGAUCUUAGAAAAUUUGAGAAGCCAGUUUUGACUUUGACUGAACAACCAAAGCCCUUGACAAAAGUGGCGUGGUGUCCAACUAGGACAGGCCUGCUUGCCACUUUAACAAGGGAUAGUAAUAUUAUUAGGCUGUAUGAUAUGCAGCAUACACCCACUCCCAUUGGGGAUGAAACUGAACCCACAAUAAUUGAAAGAAGUGUGCAACCUUGUGACAAUUACAUUGCUUCCUUCGCAUGGCAUCCAACAAGUCAAAAUCGAAUGAUAGUUGUGACUCCCAACCGAACAAUGUCUGACUUCACUGUAUUUGAAAGGAUAUCUCUUGCCUGGAGCCCAAUUACAUCUUUAAUGUGGGCUUGUGGUCGCCAUUUGUAUGAAUGUGCAGAAGAAGAAAGUGAUAAUUCCUUAGAAAAAGAUAUAGCAACAAAAAUGCGCCUUCGGGCUUUAUCAAGGUAUGGACUUGAUACAGAACAGGUAUGGAGAAACCAUAUUUUAGCUGGCAAUGAAGACCCACAGCUCAAGUCCCUCUGGUAUACUCUGCACUUUAUGAAGCAAUAUACAGAAGAUAUGGAUCAAAAAUCUCCAGGCAACAAAGGAUCCUUGGUUUAUGCAGGAAUUAAAUCAAUAGUAAAAUCAUCUUUGGGAACGGUAGAAAGCAGCAGACAUAAUUGGAGUGGCUUGGAUAAACAAACCGAUAUUCAGAACUUAAAUGAAGAGAGGAUUUUAGCGUUACAGCUUUGUGGGUGGAUAAAGAAAGGCACAGAUGUAGAUGUGGGGCCAUUUUUGAACUCCCUUGUGCAAGAAGGAGAAUGGGAAAGAGCUGCUGCCGUGGCUCUGUUCAACUUGGAUAUUCGGCGAGCCAUCCAGAUCCUGAAUGAAGGGGCAUCUGCAGAAAAAGGAGAUCUGAAUCUCAAUGUGGUGGCAAUGGCUUUAUCCGGGUAUACAGAUGAGAAGAACUCGCUGUGGAGGGAGAUGUGCAGCACACUACGCUUACAGCUCAACAACCCCUAUCUGUGUGUCAUGUUUGCAUUUCUGACGAGCGAAGCAGGAGCGUAUGAUGGAGUUUUGUAUGAAAACAAAGUUGCUGUACGUGACAGAGUGGCAUUUGCUUGUAAAUUCCUUGGUGAUGCUCAGUUAAAUAAAUACAUUGAAAAGCUGACCAAUGAAAUGAAAGAGGCUGGAAAUUUGGAAGGGAUCUUGCUUACUGGCCUCACUAAAGAUGGAGUGGACCUGAUGGAGAGCUAUGUGGAUAGAACUGGAGAUGUCCAAACAGCAAGCUACUGCAUGUUACAGGGUUCACCUUUAGAUGUUCUGAAAGAUGAAAGGGUCCAGUAUUGGAUUGAGAAUUAUAGAAAUUUAUUAGAUGCCUGGAGGUUUUGGCACAAAAGGGCUGAAUUUGAUAUUCAUAGGAGUAAGUUAGAUCCCAGUUCCAAGCCUUUAGCACAGGUGUUUGUGAGUUGUAAUUUUUGCGGCAAAUCAAUCUCCUACAGCUGUUCCUCUGUGCCUCAUCAGGGCAGAGGGUUUAGUCAGUAUGGUGUGAGUGGCUCACCAACAAAAUCCAAAGUCACAAGCUGCCCUGGCUGUCGGAAACCCCUUCCUCGGUGUGCACUUUGCCUCAUUAAUAUGGGAACGCCUGUUUCUAGCUGUCCUGGUGGAUCCAAAUCAGACGAAAAGGUGGACUUGAGCAAGGACAAGAAGUUAGCUCAGUUUAACAAUUGGUUUACCUGGUGUCACAAUUGUCGGCACGGUGGGCAUGCCGGACAUAUGCUAAGUUGGUUCAGGGACCAUGCAGAGUGUCCUGUAUCCGCAUGCACGUGCAAAUGUAUGCAGUUGGAUACAACAGGAAAUCUGGUGCCAGCAGAGACUGUCCAGCCAUGAAAUAUUCCACCUAAAGAGAAACCUUCAAGUGUGGAGUUUUUAGUAGAUGUCCUUCAUAGUUCAGAAAAAUACCUCAGAGCAAGUCACUCAUGACUUUCCUAUAAUGGGAAAAUAAAUCAUUCUAUCAGCUCAGCAAUUUGAUAUUUGAGUGAUUUUGACGUACUUCUCAGAGGCAAACGCAUCUGAUAUGAACAUCAGAGCAUGAAUAUUGGUGCUGUUCAGUAAGUUAAAAGUUCAAUGGAAAGAACUUUCUAGAUUUUGUCAAAAUUAUGUGUAUAGAUGGUUUUAGAAUAAAAACAGAACUUGUGCCUGCAUCUUCAAUCUGAAAUUGAUAGCUUUUGAUAAAAUCUAUACAUAUUUGAAGCCAAAUGCCAAUUCAGUGGUUCAUAUAUUAAUUUAAGCUUAUUCAUGCUUAAAUAUGCUUUCAGAGAAAAUUUUUACAUUGAGAAUUAGCUCCUGACCCACACUGGAGAAUAUAUGCAUGUGUGCAUAAGUGCACAUUCACAUUUAAGGAAUGUUCUCCCUCAUACAUAUAUAUUUUAAUAUAAAAGAUUUUGAUAUAGGUCACUCUUGUCUUCCUCAAAAACCCAAGUUAAGAGCAGGCCAGUGAGAUGGUUCAGCAUGUGCAGAGGCUUGCUGCCGCCCCUGAAGACCUAAGUACAGUCCUUGGGACCCAUGUGUUGUUAGCAGUGAUUCAGCUGACCUCCAGAAGUAUGCUGCAGAAUGGGGCAGGCAGGUGUACAUGCGCACACACAUACACACUUAGAAAAUAAAGAAUACAAAAUUUAAAACAAUGUACUUUGAAACUUUUUCCUUUCAAAAGAGAAAAAUGUGUGAAAUUUUAGGAAAACAUAACUUUUCAGUUUAAAUUUUCUCUUUACAAUGUUCUGAUUUGUCUGGAUAUCAUCUUAACUUACCAUUCUCAUCCCCACCAGGUACUUCUGAGUACGCAUUCUAUGCAAGAUCCUGUGUAGGACACCAUUUGAUGGUGCUCUCAGACCCCUUCCUGUUUUAGAGUCUCCUUUUUUUCCAAGGGAGAUUACAUGAUGUUGGCCAAAACAAGAGCAUCCCAGGGGUCUACUUUAGAUAUAAGCUGCUAAAAGUGUGUGUAUUAGGACUCUGUUUCCAUUUGUUUGUCUGCAUAACUGGGCAUAUUGAAGAGAAAAGAAUUGUACCAUGCUUCUUUGUUAAUACACUGUGUGUAAGAACUGAACUUAAUUUUGUGUUUGAAGUUACAAUUGUAGAGGAUCCUGUUCUGUAGGUUUUGGAGAGAAAUGUGAAGCUGCCCAGCAUUAAGAACAUCAUGUCAACAAUAGGCUGAUAAAAGACUUAAGAUCCAUUAGACUAGACUGAGUUGUACCCUUGCUUCCUUAAGAUCUGAUGCAGUAGGCGUAGAGAAUAACACUGGGGAAAGUGUGUAUGUGUUCUAGAUGUCAGUUGGGUGACAGUAUGCAGAUAAAAAAAUUGGGAAUAAUGACUUUUCUUUCUUACAGAAAUUGCCAUUAAGAGAUUACUGGUCUUAUAAACUUUACUGCUUUCAUUUUAUUAGGGGAUUUUCUUUAAUAUUGCCUGUUAUUUUUUUUUAAUCUUACUGUGUUCUUACCAUGAGCUUCGAAGUAAUAUCAAACUCUUAGUAUGUAUAUUUUUAUUUUUCCUAAAAGUACAAUAUAAAGCUAAUGAAAUUAUCUAAAACUUUUUGACAUAUAGUAUAAGACAUAAAUAUUAAGCCUAUAUGUAAAUACAAACUUAUUUGUAAUCAUGAUGUAUGGUGACAUUUAAAGAUUGUUCUAUUUAUUAGCUUCCUAAUAUUUCUUUUGAUCCCAACCAUAUAGUUUAUAUGAUGUCUGUUUAUCUUGCUUACAUUGUGUAUGGAAUGAAAAUAGAUUGAAAUUAAUUAUU